AACGCCUCAGUACAAAGGCCUAAACAGUAGUUCCGAGCUUCCUGGAACUUGGGCCCGCAGACCUGCUGCUGCUUUCCCCUUUGACGGCCAGCCAUCCCCAGGCUGUACAGGAAGAACUGGCAGUCUGCUUUGCAUUGUCUCUGUCUGUUCAAUAAAUAGACUUCAGCUUUGUGCUGAUUGAGCAGUAACAUUUUUUCUGGAGCAGGACUCUCAUUUGUGACACUAAUGGCCUUAAACAAAACGAAGAAUGAUACAUUUGAUGGAACAGAACGCUUAACUGUCGACUAUGUGAAGGGGAUUCUGCAACCCACACCUACCUGUGACUCGUGGGACCAGAUCUGGAACUUCCAAGCCAAGUCCGAUGAUCUGCUUAUUGCCACCUAUCCUAAAGCAGGAACAACAUGGACUCAGGAGAUAGUGGACUUAAUACAAAAUGAAGGUGAUAUUGAGAAAAGUCAACGAGCACCUACUCAUAUACGAAUUCCUUUCAUCGAAUGGAUACUCCCAUCCGUAGGAUCUGGUUUGGACCAAGCUAAUGAAAUGCCCUCACCACGGACCCUGAAAACACAUCUUCCCAUCCAGCUGCUGCCACCAUCCUUCAUAGAAAAAAACUGUAAGAUAAUCUAUGUAGCAAGAAAUCCAAAGGACAAUAUGGUAUCUUAUUACCAUUUCCAAAGAAUGAAUAAAGCCCUUCCUGCUCCAGGAACCUGGGAAGAGUAUUUUGAGAGUUUUCUGGCUGGGAAGGUGUGCUGGGGUUCUUGGCAUGACCAUGUGAAAGGAUGGUGGAAAGCCAAAGACCAACAUCGCAUUCUCUACCUCUUCUAUGAGGACCUGAAGAAGAAUCCAAAGCAUGAAAUUCAGAAGUUGGCAGAAUUUAUUGGGAAAAACCUAGAUGAUGAAGUCCUAGAUAAAAUUGUCCUUCACACUUCAUUUGAUGUUAUGAAGCAGAAUCCAAUGGCAAACUAUUCAUCAAUUCCUACUACAAUCAUGAACCACUCUGUUUCUCCAUUCAUGAGAAAAGGGACAGUGGGAGACUGGAAGAAUCACUUUACUGUUGCUCAGAAUGAGAGAUUUAAUGAAGACUACGAGAAGAAAAUGGCUGAUACCAAUAUAACUUUCCACUUCCAAUUCUCGUAAAAAAGAAAAGAACCAAAAAUUUUUUUAGUCUAUUACCAACUUAUUGGUAAUAAUCAAUAAAACCUUAUUACCCAGACCACAUGAUACUGGAUUCAAGUUCUCAGACUAGUUGUUUAUUGUGUCUGCUUUUGUUCACUCUAAAAAAAAUUAGGGAUAAAGCUAGCAGAGAUUGGAGACAAGGCAGAGAGUUGGAGUUACUAGUUACAAUUUGGAGUUACAAACUAGUAACUGGAAUUACUAGUUACAAUCAUGGCAUCAUUGUUGAUUAUCAUUAUAUUUGAGUUUGCUAUAGAUCGUGUGUUUCCUGACGUACUAAAAGUGCUUCAUUCCUUAUAUUUAAAAAAAAAAACCCUAACGUUUUCAAAGUGUUGGUUCAGACUAAUUUUUCAAUGCAUCAUAAAAACAUAUAGAUAGUGACUAUUUCCCCUAGAAAUUUCUUGGUAGUCAAGUAACCAUCAAGUGACUCUGUUUCUCCAUGAAACAUUACAAUUCACCUCAGUAUUCUUACUAUAAUACAUCUAUCCAUAUCUCUUAUCACACCCUUUAUACUUAAGUCUCUUUCUCACUCCAGCCAAUGCUAUGAUUGAGUCUUGGAGUCAUAUCUUGACUGACCUCCUUCCAAUGCAUCCACAGCAAUAUCUGUCAGUUUUACCUGUUUGAGGUGUCAUUUGUAUGGCUACCCUUCUAGUUCAGAAAACUUUUACCUCUUGUCCAUACUAGUAUAAGCAUUCUAACUCAUAUCUCUGUUUCUUCCACAUCUACCAGGGUUACUUUCUUAAAACAAGAUUUUGAUUAUAUUUCUCUUUGGCUCUAAAUAUAUCAGUAAUUCUUAAUUUUUACUGCCUGAAGAUAAAUCCCACACUUUUUAGCUGUCAAUUCAAAGGCAACUAUAUUGAUAUGAUAUGGUGGAUAUCAUCUUCCAAAUCACUUUCCUAGCUUAAUUUCACCCUCUAAACCACCUCCAUACUUCAGCAAAUAAGCCUACUCACUGAGUUUUGAUCACAUCUUGCCAGUUCCUAUUCUACUAGGUUUUCUUUUUUUUCACCAAAUUUCACCUGAAAUUUCCUUUCUUUUCUAUCUACCUGUCCAAAACGUGGAAUAUGCUUCAAUGACCAGUGCAAGUGGUUCAUUCAUCCUGAAAAUACCGAGAGCUGAAGGGAGCAUUUGCUUUUCUUUUUUUUUAUUGUGUUCAGUUAGCCAGCAUAUAGUAUAUCAUUAGUUUUUGAUGUAGUGCUCAAUGAUUCAUUAGCUGUGUAUAACACCUAGUGCUCAUUACAAUACAAACAUGUGCUUUUCUGAAGUCCUCUACACUUGGUAUAAUUAUUUUGUGAUUAAGAUUAAAGUAAUUAUAUAUCUUGUA